AUGUGUGACAGAAUGCGCUGCUGAGCCUACCUGUGUACACGGUGUGGGAGUGUGUGUAAGCACCCACUGGCCUUACUCUGAUCCCCCCUCCCCACUCUGAUGUCACAGACAUUUUCCUAGACAUUGGAAGAAUUCGUUCUAUAAAAGACUCACACCAGCUGCCUCUGCGAUUACUCUCACACCAGCUGCUGUCUCUGCGAUAACUCCUUCUCAGGUGACGGAGCAACUUAGCCUGAAGUUUACCUUACAUUCCCUGCAUUCUGAUUAGAGGCUUGUUCCGUGAGAGGGUCAGAGGGAAAGGUGUUUGGGCGAAAUAUGCAGUACUGAAGUCACUUAUGAUGCUCCCUUGCAUACCCUUGGCAUUCCUGUACUAAGCAGGUACAGUUUUGCGUUGCCGUCAGACUUUUGGCUGCAUUUUGGGAAAACGACCAUGACGUCCACCCCGACAAACAUGACUGUUGAUCAAGAAUUGGGCAUUUUUGCUCCCCUUGGGGAAGGCUUGUUAUGGCAAAAGAACAUCACACAGACUAAUGCUAGCUCCCCUGUCACUCACAGGUUCGUGCAGCCUCCCUGGCGCAUAAUACUUUGGUCUUUGGCUUAUGGAUCCAUGGUGGCUGUAGCGGUGUUCGGCAAUAUUAUAGUAAUGUGGAUCAUACUAGCUCACAAGCGAAUGAGGACAGUCACCAACUACUUUCUGGUCAGCUUAGCUUUCUCUGACGCUUCAAUGGCCGCUUUCAACACUCUGGUGAAUUUUAUAUAUGCCCUCCACAAUGAGUGGUACUUCGGGGAGGCAUAUUGUAGAUUUCACAACUUCUUCCCUAUCACAGCCAUCUUUGCCAGCAUCUACUCCAUGUCUGCUAUAGCUGUGGACAGAUACAUGGCUAUAAUCAAUCCACUGAAACCCCGCUUAUCUGCUACUUCGACAAAAGUGGUCAUCGGAAGUAUUUGGGUGUUUGCUUUUCUACUGGCUUUCCCUCAAUGCCUUUAUUCUGAAAUCAAAGUGACACCAAGAAGGACUCUUUGUUUGCUUGAAUGGCCAGGGUUUGGAAAAAGAUUGACGUAUCAAAUCAUUGUGGUAUUGUUUGUUUACUGCUUCCCAUUACUUGUCAUGGGCAUAACAUACACAAUUGUUGGAAUUGCACUGUGGGGAGGAGAAAUUCCUGGGGACACAUCUGAUAAAUACCAUGAACAACUCAGGGCUAAAAGAAAGGUGGUGAAGAUGAUGAUUGUGGUUGUGGUGACGUUUGCAAUUUGUUGGCUACCCUAUCAUAUAUUUUUUAUUGUUACUGCACUCGACAUAAAAGUGGAAAGAUGGAAAUAUAUCCAACAAAUCUACUUGGCUAUUUUUUGGCUGGCAAUGAGCUCAACCAUGUACAACCCCAUCAUUUAUUGCUGUCUAAAUAAAAGAUUCCGUGCUGGAUUCAAAAGAGCAUUCAGAUGGUGUCCCUUUAUUGUAGUAUCCAGUUAUGAUGAAUUAGAGCUCAAAACUAACAGAUUCCACCCGACGAGGCAAAGUAGUCUGUACACGGUAUCCAGAAUGGAAUCCAGCAUGACAGUGGUGUUUGAUCCAAACGAUGGUGACACCUCCAAGUCUAUUCACAGUCACAAGAAAAGAGUUACUUCUAGUGAGUCAACUUUAAAUGGAUGCUCACGUAAAAACUCCACAGACGCCUCUACAAAUUCAGUUAUUAUUAGCUCUCCCUGUGCAUCAAUGGAUUGCUAUUCAUGAAUUGUAGAAAACGAGAUAUUAACUGAAUGUUGUUGUUUUUUUGUUUUUUUUAUAAUAAUUUCAACAUUUAUUAAUCAAGAUGUUAAAAAAAGGCAUGCAAAUCUAAACAGGCUAUUCAGUUUAAUUCCACAGUAAUUGACUGUAUGCAUCAGUGGAUUUUGGUAGUUUCAUACAUCCUAUCAUGGUGUCUAAAUGUAGAAAAGGGCUCAAUGAGAGUCCCUUAUUUCCUACUAUUUAUAAUAUAUCAAGUGUUAAUACAGAUGUAGCUAGUGUGCUAGUUAGUGCUGUUUUGUGCAUUGACAGUGCAAUGGGUGGCAUGUUUUGUGGCAUUUAUUUUUUGUUAUAAAAUUUACAGAACUUACACAAAUAAUAUUUCAAGUAUAAUGUCAAAAUUUCAACAGCAAAAAGAUGCUUACUGUCUAGUGCUGAAAAUCAAUGUUAGCUUGCAACCGCAGUAUACUGGGUAAUGGGCAUUAUUCUCAAUAGCAAUUUUAGUACAAAAGCAGUAUUAGCAAUAUUGCAUUUCUUUUGGGAGUGUAGGAGGUACUUUAAGAGGUCAUUGUGACAUUCUGGAGACAAUCUUAAAGCAACCAUUGACAUGUACAGUAUGUUUCCUCCAAACACUCCACACAGGCUAUAAAUGCUCAGAGUAAAUGGGAAGAGGAUACAAUCUUGACAAGAACAGAUGAAGGACACUUAAUCAUUUUUUUUUUACUCUUUCAUUGCAGAGGACCAGCAGUUCCUUACCGUUCUGUAAAUAUUCCUCCUCAUCCAGCUGUGGGCAGCACAACCAAACUCUUGUGCAUUCAUACUGUUACCAUGUAACUAUGCUAAUAUGUAAGUCAGUGCUGGGCACACCCAUUGUGAUAAAAUAUCUGAGAAAUACUGUAAGUUGGACACAGAAGACCACGUUGAGAUGACUGUACCUCUGAGACCUGCAGAGUCAGCUCAUUUUAAUCAACUGCAGGAAAUUUGCAGCAAUGCAAACUAAAAUACGUACAUUGGUGGUCAUUCAGAGUUGAUCGCUCGUUAUUUUUUUCCGCAACGGAGCGAUUAGUCGCUAAUGCGCAUGCGCAAUGUCCGCAGUGCGACUGCGCCAAGUAAAUUUGCUAUUAAGUUAGGUAUUUUACUCACGGCAUUACGAGGUUUUUUCUUCGUUCUGGUGAUCGUAGUGUGAUUGACAGGAAGUGGGUGUUUCUGGCCGGAAACUGGCCGUUUUAUGGGUGUGUGCGAAAAAACGCUGCCGUUUCUGGGAAAAACGCAGGAGUGUCUGAAGAAACGGGGGAGUGUCUGGGCGAACGCUGGGUGUGUUUGUGACGUCAAACCAGGAAUGAAACUGACUGAACUGAUCGCAGUGGCAGAGUAAGUCUCGAGCUACUCAGAAACUGCUAAGAACUGUCUAUUCGCGAAUCUGCUAAUCUUUCGUUCGCAAAUCUACUAUGCUAAUAUUCACUCCCAGUAGGCGGCGGCUUAGCAUGUGCAAAGCUGCUAAAAGCAGCUUGCGAGCGAACAACUCGGAAUGAGGGCCAUUGGGGGUAAUUCCAAGUUGAUCGCAGCAGGAAUUUUGUUAGCAGUUGGGCAAAACCAUGUGCACUGCAGGGGAGGCAGAUUUGACAUGUGCAGAGAGAGUUAGAUUUGGGUGGGGUGUGUUCAUUCUGCAAUCUAAAUUGCAGUGUAAAAAUAAAGCAGCCAGUAUUUACCCUGCACAGAAACAAAAUAACCCACCCAAAUCUAACUCUUUCUGCACAUGUUAUAUCUGCCUCCCCUGCAGUGCACAUGGUUUUGCCCAACUGCUAACAAAAUUCCUGCUGCAAUCAACUUGGAAUUACCCCCAAUAUUUAUAUGCUUCCCGAAGGCUUUAUUAUAAGACUCACAGGUGAAUUUACAUAUUUUGCAUUUCCACUAUUUCAUAGAGAUUUUUGAUGCGGUGCUCCAUCAAAAGCAGGGCUGUGUAGUAGGUAAGGAAGAAAUCUUAGAUACUGUAUGCAGCAGCUCCAUACCAAAAUUGGAGCACCACAGCAUAUCAGGGAAUCUAUGUGCAAAAAGUCCUAUUCAUUUAUUCAUGCACCUUUCAUCCUAUAGUAUUCUUUUUUUUUUAAUAUAUAUGUUUAUUGAAGGUUUUUUUGUUUUAAACAUGUACAUAUGAAUAAACGUAUAUA